CCGGACCGGCCGCGUUCGUCCCGCGGGUUCGGGCGGGUUUUUUUUCACGCGGGUUUGUAGCUCAGAAGCUUCCAGAACCCGCGGGGCCACCUGUGCCCCUUGCCCGCGCCUCAGGUCCACCGGGUCAGUGCGUCUAAAGCUCAGGUCCACCGGAGUUGUUCAGGAUGUUGACGUUACAUAAAAUCAGGAAAGACGACGGCGGGAAACACAACACAGAGUCGAGCCACAGAGUCUCUGUGAGAGACCGACUCCUCACCAAAGAAGUGGCAGAUCUGGAAGCAAACCUGCCCAGCACGUGUAAGGCCAGUUUCCCCGACGAAGACAAACUUCAUCACUUUGAACUGGCCGUGUCCCCAGAUGAGGGAUAUUACCAAAGCGGAACGUUUCACUUCCAGAUCGACGUCCCUGAAGCCUACAACAUGGUGCCUCCUAAAGUUCGUUGUGUGACCAGAAUCUGGCAUCCGAACAUCACAGAGAACGGAGAGAUCUGCCUCAGCCUUCUGAGAGAACACUCCAUCGAUGGGACAGGAUGGGCCCCCACCAGGACAUUAAAGGACGUGGUCUGGGGCUUAAACUCUUUAUUUACGGAUUUACUGAAUUUUGACGAUCCCCUGAACAUCGACGCAGCAGAACAUCACCUGAGAGACAAGGAGGAUUUCCGUAACAAGGUUCAAGAUUACAUCAGGAACUACGCCAGAUGAUGUCACCCGCAGAUGACAUCACCCCCCGCCCCCCAGCGAUGACAUCACCACACAAACCCCGCCCCACAAUAAUGACGUCGUCUCUGUCCCUCGGCGAUGACGUCGUCUCUGUCCCUCGGCGAUGACGUCGUCUCUGUCGGCGCCGUAGAAACAGAGCUGUAGAUUUCACGUUGACGAUCUCCGUUUAUUGGAACAAACGUGUCAACAAAACCACCGUCUGGGUCCAGGACAACACUGCUCUAAAGUCCAAGAUUAGACCUGGUUUAGACCCGGUUCAGUCCUGGUUCAGUCCAAAAUAAACAAAAUAAACUCUUCCCUCUGAAAUGUU